UGUAAACAUAUUCAAAUUAAUUUAAAUUUUUAUAUAUAAAGGGGCUUAAUAAACCGAUAAUAUCGUACGAGAUACUAUUGAUUAAUUGAUAUUUCUGGGAAAAAAAAGGCUAAUUUUAUUUUAUUUCCGGUUAUAGGACCUACACAGAAAGUUGGUGUCUCACAAUUCUUAAACACAAACCCAUUCCUAUAUAGAUCACUCCCCCCAACUACCCAAUUUAAUCCAUGUCCAAUCGUUUGGAAUCACUCUCGGGGAAACCCCCGGGCGCUAAGACUUCGCUCAAGUUCAAGCCAAAGGCAAACGUUGCCCGUAGAUCAAAGGAAGAGCGGGCCAAAGAUGCCCCCACCAUCAAGAAGGAAGAACCUUCGAAAGGUUCGACUCGUGGAGGAUUUGGUGCUGGUAGAGGUGGUCGUGGAGGCCGUGGAGGCCGUGGUGGACGUAACUAUGCCGGUACCCACUUGGUUUCCUCGGGGCCCUUGGCCCAGGGCUCGGUGUCCUUGGGAGGUCCAGGUGCUCUGUCCGGAUCGAAAACUGGCUUCACUUCAGAUAGGGUGUUUAAUUCACAAUCUCCAACUCCAGAGUUCUUACAAAAUUUGAAAUUAAAGGAUUUGUCAUUGAAGGAUAAGAGUAGAGCCAGCACUCCAGGAUCCGCUACAUACGGCAGUAACGGUGCAGACUCAGACUCUGAUGAAGAAGAAUACACCAGAAUCAACAUGAACAAGGAGUACAGGUUUGCAGACUCGGAAACAGUUCUCUUCCCAGUGCGACCAGAGAGAGGUAUUCCUUCUGCCAAUGGUGAGACUCUUGUGGUUCCCUCAGCCACCCCUACCCCUACUCUGUCUGCAUCUCCAGAACCGGUUGUUAAGCAAGAACAAGACGAAUCUGGUUCGGUCAAGAUGGAACCAUCUGAAGAGUCCAUCCCGGUUCCCUCACCACUGCCCGUCCCCGUUGUGUCCUUGGAUGACGGAGAAGCGUCCAAGAUUAUUGUUGAUCAGAUUGAAAUUGCCAAGUCUCUUCGUGAUGGUUCUUCUGGUCAAUUCAUGUUAUUACAACUCCCUGAACUUCUUCCUGAAUAUGAUCCAGUCGAAGUAAAGCAGGAACAAGAGGCUGAACCAUCGCCUGGGGUGAAGGCAGAAGACCCUAUGGAACAAGAUCAAGAACAGGAUAAAGAAAAGGAACAACAACAACAACAACAACCAGCAGAAAAGUCUGCACCAACUACAUCAACUCUCUCUUCAUUCUCAGCCGGUCCAUACCCAACCACGGGUCAAAUCGGCCAGGUUAACAUCCACAAGUCCGGGAAAAUCACCAUCACUCUUGGUAAUGACAUAGUGUUGGACGUUUCCAAGGGACUGGCUGCAAACUUUCUUCAAGAGGUUUCCAUUCUUGAAAUGGAUGAAACUUUACAAAGAGAACAAGGUGCUCCAGAAGAAACUCCAGGUGGGAAGUUAUUCCGGGUGGGUGCAUUGCAAGGGAAAAUGGUGGCUACUCCAUCAUUGAAAUAGAUAGACAUAUAGACGUGACCAACCCGUUGGUCUAACGUUGAAGAAACGAAGCAUUUAAAUGAACGUAAUUAAUUUAAAAGGUGUAGUUCAAGGUCUGACUUCC